UAGUGUCCAGUAGAAGUCAGUGUUUGAAAGCACAUUGACAUCGGAUAACUUUGGAGUAAUCAACGUUUUCGAAAUCAUUCAUCACGUGCUAUUGUCACUUUAAAACCGCGCAAUCCGUAGUGGAAUCCGUAGUGCUUUGGGGAGUCGGUGCUCCACAACACUAGUUGUCAAAGACUAGCUAAACUGGUGGUCUCCCUGCACCAGAGAAGUCACGUUGUGUGCCAGUUGUGCACGGUCGUGCCGCGCUGUGCACCUUUUUGUUUUAUUAAAACAGUCUAUAGGUGGCGCUGUAAAACUUGAGGCUGAUUUAGCUGCGAGUUCUACCAUCAUCAAAUAAAAAAUGGACGCGUAAACAAACCGAAACAAACUACAGUUAACUAAUAUUGCUUAGCUAUUUACCUACAAUACAUGACGUUGAUAUAUGUAGGUAUCUUCUUGAAGUACAAUUGUCGGUCCUGAGGUAUGCUUGAAGAAUCAACAUAGUAAGAAGAUGAUAUCCCAGGUGUUCAUCUUGUCCUCGAAAGGAGAUCACCUUAUCUACAAAGACUUCCGUGGUGAAGCUGGAUGCGAUGCUGUCAACAAAUUCUAUGAGAUGGUCACUACAUUGACUGGUGACCAGCCUCCAGUGGUCAUGAAACACAAGGAGCUGCAUUAUGUUCACAUCCGACAAGGAGGGCUGUAUUGGGUUGCAACAACAAAAGCUGAUUCCUCUCCCUUCACUAUCAUAGAGUUCCUAAAUAGGUUAACAGCUCUGAUUAAGGAUUACUGUGGCUGUCUGUCAGAGAAGUCUGUCCGGAUGAACUUUGCUCUCAUAUAUGAGGUGUUGGAUGAAGUGGUGGACUUUGGAUACAUCCAGACAACCUCCACUGACAUCCUGAAGAACUUCAUCCAGACUGAGGCAGUCAGCGCCAAGCCCCUCAGCCUGUUUGACCUCAGUAACGUGGGUCUGUUUGGAGCAGACACCCAGCAAAAUAAAGUGGCCCCCAGUGUAGCUGCCACACGGCCCAUCAUGUCCAGCAGAGGAGAACAGGGAGGUAAAAAUGAGAUAUUUGUGGAUGUGAUUGAAAGGAUAUCUGUUGUCAUUGGUGCCAACGGAGUCCUGAUGAAGGCAGACAUUGAGGGAGAGAUCAGAGUGAAGUGUUACAUGCCAAGCUGCUCCGAGAUGAGGAUUGGACUGAAUGAAGAGUUCAGCAUUGGAAAGUCCCAGCUGAGAGGCUAUGGGGCAGCUGUUCGUGUGGAUGAGUGCAGCUUUCACCAGGCAGUCCGGCUGGAUGAGUUUGACACCUACAGAAUCCUGAAAUUGUGUCCCAGCCAAGGAGAGCAAACAGUGAUGCAGUACCAGUUGUGUGAUGACCUGCCCACAGCUCCUCCAUUCCGUCUGUUCUCUUCUAUUGAGAGGGACACUGGUGGCAGGUUGUUGAUAUACCUGAAGCUCCGAUGUGACCUGCCCCCAAAGAGCGCUGCCAUUAAUGUUAGUAUAACAAUACCGAUACCCAAGGGAUCACUAAGUCUCUCUCAGGAGUUGAGCAGCCCUGACCAGAGUGCUGAGCUGCAGCCACAAAACAAGGCUGUCCACUGGGAGAUCCCUCGUUUCCCUGGGGGUGCCCAGCUCUCUGCCCUGUUCAAGCUCGAGGUCCCUGGUCUUAGUUCAGCCUCGCUACAGGAAGUAGGAUCCAUCAGUCUGAGCUUUGAGCUGCCGAAGUACACCUGCACAGGACUGCAAAUUAGAUUCCUCCGCCUGUCCCCUAUACAGCCUGGAGCAUCACAACGCUGGGUGCGCUAUGUGACCCAUUCAGACUCUUAUACAAUCCGUAUCUAAUACGGACAAAAACACAUUGAUCACUCAGACUGGUUCCUGUCAAUGUGGAUCCUGAUCGUGACUGCUUGAAAAGGUUAAGGGACAUUAUGAAAUGUUUAUUUAUUUAUAUAGUAACGCAAUAAAACAAAUGCGUCUGCUACUAAUAAAAAAACUACCUCUG